CGCUUCAGUGUAACGAGAACAAUACCAUACUAACAAAAAGCAACGGCUGAGCGUUUGUGGUGGCGCACAAUAGAAGAGAUGAUUUAUCUAUAUGCGUUCGAAUGAAGUCAUCGCAUAGGAAUUAUACUUGAACAGUUGAUCAUUUAAGACAUAUUCGAAGACUUAUCUAUCGCCUUAUCUCUCGUCAAUAUUGCUAAGAUAGGCCGUGUACUGUAGCCUACUGUAAAGGAAUUCACACAGUCACGCUUUCGCGUGUUAUUAAAACAUGCCAGUUUUAAAAUUUUAUUUCGUCAUUGCGUUAUUAACGCUGACGAUUUCAAGGAAAGCCGAGUCGGCUACCGACGCGAAGGUGUUGAUUCUCGGGGCAGGAGCAUCAGGUUUGAACGCCGCUCAGACGCUGCACUAUAAGGGUGAGAAUGAUUUCCUCAUCCUGGAAGCGGAGGAUCACUACGGCGGUCGAGUACAUAAUGUACGUUUCUUGCAAAGAGUCGUAGAGUUGGGAGCAAACUGGAUACGCCCAACCGGUUCGAAACUGGAAAAUCUCGCCCAGAAAAUCGAGCUGGCGACUAGGCCAUCCGAUUUCGACGACAUCGUAGCUUUGACGAAUAAAGGUGCGAUAGUAACAGAUGAUUUUAAAUUGGCCCUGGAAAGGUUUGAUAGUAAAUUGGACGAGGCGUUGGAUUUAGGUGCCGACCACAUCGAUGACGAAGAGACCGAUAUGUCAUUGCGUUCAGCACUGAAGUACGUCGGAUGGAAACCAAUGACACCCGAAGAAAAACUUGCAGAAUGGUUCAGAAUUGACUUUGAUUUGGCAGAAGAACCUGAGCGUGCCUCACUCCUCGCAUACGCAGCCGAUAAACUGUAUACUGAGGAGGAUGAACCAGUUGUUGAAGAUAACUCCAAUAAUAAUAAUAAUAACAUAAAUGAGCAGGAUUACCUCAAAGAGCAAAGGGACCUCGUCCUUGUCGCCGACAAUGAUCCAUACAACUAUCGAAACAGAGACCGAUACGACGACCGGUAUGAUGACGACGACGACCGGUUUAGCGAUUAUAGGAACGAUCGGUACAGCCGUCGUCGCCGCCAGGCAUACGAUGGCUCUCAAGAACAGUUUGUUAUAGAUAAAGAUGGUUAUAUACAAAUAUUCAAUGAAACGAUGACUUUUCUGAGGAAAAGAGACUAUAGGGACAACAUACUGUACAAUAAAGUUGUUUGGAGAAUUGACUAUUCGAACGACAGAGAAGUGACAGUGCUCUGUAGAGACGGGACAAGUUAUACUGCGGAAUAUGUCCUGGUUACAUUCAGCUUAGGUGUGCUUCAAAGUGAUCUUAUUGAAUUCGUACCGGCACUACCAUUAUGGAAGACCACCUAUUGGAAUAGAUUUGAAAUGGCAGCAUACAGUAAAAUUUUCUUAAAUUAUAACGAGAGAAACGGAAGGUUCUGGGCCGGUGAUAACUACGAUAAAGAGUGGUUCGCAAAUGUACAUUCUAGUAAUCGUAAAGGCAUGUGGCCGCUAUUUCUAAAUUUUGCACAUGGAGAUUUUUUCGGGAAAGAUACACAUAUGUUGAUGGCGAUUUUGACCGGCGACGAGGCUCGUCGGGUUGAAUCUCUGACGGAAACAGAGAUCAUGAAGGAAGCGGAAAAUACCCUCGACUCAAUGUUCAGUCGGUACGACGUCCCACUACCUAAUUCAAUAUUGGUGUCAAAUUGGACGCAGAACCCGUAUACCCUUGGAUCGUACGCCUUCUGGACACUUGGCACGGAGCGUGAUUGCUUUGAUAAGAUGGAGUCGCGAGUUGGUAGAGUAUUCUUUGCUGGUGAGGCCACCAGCUUGAACAACACUGGCAACCUUCAAGGAGCACUGGAAAGUGGAAAGCGAGAAGGACUCAAGAUUUACAACUGUAUAUACAGUAGCUCGUGUAAACAGUGGAAGACAGGAACCAAGUGCGGUUGUAAAAGCGGAGCAGCUGGUAUCACAUUUCUGACCGUGUAUGCAGUUGUAUUAAUUACUUUAAUUUUUAGCAGGUUGCUGAGUUAGUGAAUUUUAUUCAAACCUUAUCGCAAACUCUGCCUACCCAAAAUAUAUUUUAGUCUUCCAUAAUGGAAUAUUAAUAUACAUAUUCGUAUGCUCUCUGGCGAAGUUUAAAAAGUGAGUCUUCAAUUGCAUUCGCAAUUGUGGUAGUUGAUUAUAAUGUUCGACUAUAUUACUCAGAAUAAUAAUUUGUAAACCUUAUGAAUACGAGUAUCCUUCCACUACGGAAGACUAAACUAGUAUUUUUUGGAGGGGCGUGCGCCCCCCCCCCCUCGCGCACCCGCUGGAUACGCCACUGAACAAACACUGAGCUAAAAAGAAGUACACCUUGAGAAUAUUAAAUUGUACAAGACACCUUGAG